UGCGGCUGGAGCGGCGGCCUGGGCCACAGAAAUGGCCACAACGUACCUCGUCUGUCUCCGGAUGCCACAGCACAGUUGGAAUAGCACAAGCAGUAGGAGCUGUGGUACCCACGCAGCGCUUGCCACUGGUGACAAAGCUUUCCUGUUCUGGCCAAUAUUAGGAGACGCUGCCUCUCGGGCGUGACCGGACGAUGGCACCGAAUGGUGGGCGUGGGGCUGGGUGUGGCCUUGUGCGCGGUCCCAGUUGUGGAGAAGCAGAACUCGGUUUCUCUCAGUAACGAUGCCUUGAUUAAAAGAGCCGUUUCCUUGGUAACAGACAGUACUUCUACACUCCUCUCUCAAACAACGUACGCAUUGAUUGAAGCGUUGACAGAGUAUACAAAGGCGGUUUAUACACUGGUGUCUCUCUACAAGCAAUACGCAAAUCUUCUUGGGAAAAUGAAUUCCGAAGAGGUGGAUGCAGUCUGGCAGGUGGUAAUAGGAGCCAGAGUUGAUAUGACAACAAAACAGCAGGAGUACCUAAGGAUGGAAUCCAGCUGGAUGACAGCGUUACGUCUUUCAGAGAUGGCAGCAGAAGCUGCCUAUCAGUCAGGUGCAGACCAAGCCUCAGUGACAGCCCGCAGCCACAUUCAGCUCGUGAAAUCUCAGGUGCAAGAAGUGCGACUGCUGUCCCAGAAAGCAGAGACCAAAUUAGCUGAAGCUCAAACAGAAGAGCUCAUAAAAGCUCAAGGAGAGGAAUCUUCAUUGCCACAGGGUAUUUUGGGAAGUACAGAGGCGGGUGAGGACCCUUACCUUCGGGAAGACUGAAAAGAACUUAAGUGUCACCAUAGAAUAUGUGAAAGUCAAUCGCAAAUUGAAGGGUCCCAAACUUUUAAGUGUGGGGUAGCGGGAAACUGCAAUAAGGCUGCGAUUCCAUUUUUUUCCCCAAACAGGAUUGCUUUACAAAUCAAGUCAAUUCCAAGUAUCUGAAAGGCCUUGAUCUUGUUUGUAACUUAUGUUUGUAAUACUUAUGGAUUCAAUUAUUUAAAUGUUUAACUAUGCAAAUGUGAAAAUGGCUAUCAAGGAUAGCUUGUUAAUUGUCUCUCUGCUGGGAGGGUCCUACUGCUUGUUUGAUAUGUUUGUGAGAGCUCUCUAACUUAGAGACUAACUAGGUAUCAGCCAAAGAAAUGUAGUAAAAAGUAAUUCUUUUUAACCUGUGAAGUACAUGCUGUCUGUUAGGAGGUACCUUUAAUAAACUGUGCAAAAGCA